AUGGAGUCCUCCUCUGGUUUGCGUCGGAAGGACACCACCAAGGGACCGCCUUUGCGAAUACUAUCACUGGAUGGCGGUGGAGUGAGAGGCUACUCGAUGCUUAUUAUCUUGCAAGAGCUCAUGUACCGGACGUACGUCGAAUGCGAGGGCAAGGCCCCCCGCCGCGACCAGAUUCCCAAACCAUGCGACCACUUCGACCUGAUAGCGGGCACUGGCACCGGCGGGCUGAUUGCCCUGAUGCUGGGCCGGCUGCGCAUGGACAUCGAGACGUGCAAGGAGGUGUACAUCCGAAUGACCCGGCGGGUGUUUGAGACGGACAAGACGAUAGCCGGCAUACCGUACCGGACGACGCUGUUCAAGGCCUCGAAGCUGGAGGAAGCGAUACGGCAGUGUGUGCGGGACCAUACCGUGAAUGAAGAUGAGGGAAACGACGGGACGACAGCGACGAGCGUGAACCCGUUUAUGCGAAACACCUCAACGGUGACGCUGCAGCGACGGUUGAGCCGGUCGAGCGUGAGUACGGGGAAUACGUCGGUGCCUACUUCGCCGGUGACGAGCCAGACGCUGCCCACGGGCGUCGGACAUGUAUGGGGGGAUCAAAAUGCGAAGCUCUACGAUAACCGGGAGAACCGAACCAAGACUGCGGUGACGGCUGUGUAUAAAGGGACACCCAAGAACGGGCCGUCUAUACUGCUACGGUCCUAUGACUCGCGGCGCGAGCCACCACCGGAGUUCAACUGCACGAUCUGGCAGGCUGGACGUGCGACUUCUGCCACCGGACUGGCCUUCAAGCCUAUCCAGAUUGGCCAGCACAUCUUCCUGGACGAAGGGGCUGGCAAAUACAACCCCAGCCCGCAGAUACUGGACGAAGCGGUGGUAAACGAGUGGCCUGGCCGCGAGGUAGGGGCGUUUAUCAGCAUAGGGACUGGCAAACGGCCACAGGGCUCGACGGCACAGCCGCACGAGUGGUGGGAGGACGUCUUCCGGGACUCGCUGGGCAACUUUGCAGAGGCACGACGACGGCUGAUCGCGAAGAUUGAGGGCUGCGAGGCUACGCACCAGUUCAUGGUAAAGGACCAUCUGGUCAAGCGCAAUGUCCCGCGAGAGGUGUACUACCGGUUCAACGUCGAAGUCGGCGUCGGCGAGUUUGGGAUGAACGAAUGGAGCCGGCUAGCGGAAAUCAGCACCAACACGCGCAUGUACCUGUCGAAGAGCGAGGUGCAGCGGAUGAACUACGAGGCUGCAGUGAGGUUGGCUCGAGUCGACCGUAUGCACAGGAGGUUAGGAGGGAGGCUGCCGGGCGUCCUGCCAUCAGCAGACGAGGCACUGGAGGAGCGCAAGAACCGACCUGUGCCUCCUGUCCCACCGCCGAAGGACGCAGAAAAGGUCGAGGAUGGGCACGUCUUUGAGCUGCCUGCCAUCGAGCUGCCGGCCGAAGAGCAUCUCGAGCAGAACCAGGCUCAUCAUCGACCGGGCACAUCUCAAAGCUCGACGGCCGUCAGCUUCGUCUCGUACGAUGACAAGUUCACCGUCGUACGCAACAACAACACCAACAGCGACGGACAUGACCUCCCCGAGCCUGUCUCUGCGCCUUCUGGCCGCCGCAGCUCAGAGGUGCUCCCCGUCUCUCCCGCCCGUCGCAGUCAAGAGAACCACAGCCAGCACCAUCCCUCGUCCUCGCUUGAGUCUCCGUCGCGAGUCAGUCUGGACGUCCACUCACGCCCUUCAACCGCAGUAGCAGGACCACCGCCGGCCGGGCCACCACCACCUCUACCACCCAAGACGCCCAUCCCUUACCCUGUCAGCAGCGAGGACGUCACCGCAGGCACUCUACCGAUGCCCUCGCUGCCGCCGCGCAGCCCAGACAGGCCAGUCUCUAUCGUUGGACCGCCGCGGAAGUACAAGCUGCCGUAUCCUGACGACGGGCCGCCACCGGUCAACCGCACGCGGAAACCUACCUACAACUCCAACUAA